AUGGAACUAGAAGCACAACAGUUGAAAGAUCUCAAGGCAAAGAAUUAUCACUUCCAAGCUAUUGACUGCUCAAUCUUGGAAACCAUUCUUUGCAAGGACACUUCAAAACAUAUUUGGCAUGCCAUGAAGAAGAAGUACCAAGGUUCAACAAAAUCAAAGAGGCAGCAGCUUCAAGCACUUCGUACGGAGUUCGAAACAUUUCGAAUGAAGACAAGAGAAAUGGUAUCAGAUUAUCUCUCUCGAGCAAUGACAAUCAUGAACAAGAUGCAAAUCCAUGGUGAUAAGAUGGGGGACGUCACUAUAGUUGAGAAAAUUCUUCCAACCAUGACUCCAAAUUUUAAUUAUAUUGUUUGUUCAAUAGAAGAAGCUAACGAUAUUGAUAAACUUUCAGUUGACGAAUUACAUUUUUCUUUGUUAGUUCAUGACCACAAACUUAAUCAGCAGGCGAAAGGGGAGUAG